UAAAAGCGCAAGAAUGCCAGACGACGUUCAAUUUAACAAGCUUUAUGGCAGAUAGCAAGAGAAACGCGCACCGCCUGCAAAUGCAAGCUAGCAGACUCAACGAACGACUACAAAAGCUGCAAAAAAAAUGCGACGGUGUUCAGGAGAAGCUAAAGCAAUACGAGGAGGACCGGGCGGUGCAGUCUAUAACGAAGAUAAGAAAAGCAGCAGCGGAGGGCGACAAAACUGCCGAGUUUCUCGUUGAACAAGUUGAAAAUUUUAGUAAGGCCAGACCAACAUGGCAAGAGAAUACAGUUCGAGAAUGUGUGCUGUGGAAGGCAACGUCUCGUAAAGGGUAUGACCACGUGAGGGCGAGAAAGCUUCUCAGGCUGCCUUGUCGGUCUACGCUGCAGAAAUUUGUUGGGUCAUCUACAGGAGAGACCAAAAUAAACAGACUCAUCCGCGAACGUCUCCAAGUGAAAAGACGUAGUUUACUCUCAGAUAAAGAGCCAUACUGCAGCCUCAUAGUUGAUGAAAUGUCAAUACAACAGAAAGUUACUUAUGAUCGACAAGUGGAUAGAAUUUUCGGGCUCGUCGAUGUACAGUGCCAGGCACGAGAGCCUGCUGCUGUGGUAGCCAACAGGCUUCUUUGCUUUGUUUUGCGUGGACUCUCAACAGUGUAUGUGAUUCAAGUAGGGUAUUUUUUCACGAGAAAUUUGAAGCACGAUAAGCUCCUCCUCUUGAUGCGCAGUGUCAUCAAGGCAGUUGAAGAAAUUGGAUUUCGAAUUGUCCGCAUUGUCACUGACAACCACCAAACCAACACAGCUAUGUUCCGGAACUUGUCCGAUGAUAACACACUCCAGCAUGUCGUCCCACAUCCAGAGCGCGAAGGCGAGCCUCUGUUCUUGUCAUUUGAUCCCAGCCACCUGAUCAAAAACUUGAGGACAAACUUGCUGGAAAGAGAAAUGUCCGACAGUAUUGAGCCAAUCAGAGGAGGCGUUUUCCUGAAGACACUCUACAACAUCCAUAAAGAGAUAUGUUAGUAAAGCCAGUGCGGCUGUUGAGCCGAGCUCAUGUUGAACCCAGCAAUCUGGAAAAGAUGAAGGUCCGCCGCGCGACAUUGCUUUUCUCGCCUACGGUAAUCUCCAUCCUGGAAUACCUUCAGAGAAAUCCUCUAUCUCAUGAGAAGGCUGCGCAAUUUCAGGAUUGUCGGUCAACCAUCACAUUUAUGAAAUAUGUUGGGUUGUGGUAUGACCUCCAUGACAUUUCUGGUUGGAAAUCGAGGGAAAGGCCAUUCAGCAAAACUGAGGAUGAUAGGUUGGCUUGGCUUGAAGUCGACUUCAUCAGUUACCUCGAAAAUGUGAGACGUGAAAGCAUGAAAGCCCGUAUGCAGUCACUUACAAAGGAGACCUACGAGGCUACCAUAAUGACAACUACAUCAACGGUUGGCGUCGUUGAGUACAUGCUGACCGACCUGGGGUAAGCACAAAUUUUGCGAAAAUUUGCCUGAUCAUUUUACGUUCUUAUUAUAGCUUGGCUAAUGUGAUGCGUGACUUCAAGGUGUUAACCAUACUUGUUUUUGUUUGGCUUUUAAAAAACUGCAGCUUCAAGUAUGUACUGACCCGUGGACUCAACAGCGACCCAGUAGAGUCUGUUCAGCUGCUUCUGCCAAUUCAAUGGCGGUAAUGACCGAGUUGAUGCAGAAGUUGCUGAAGGUUCGGUUGCUGUUUGCUUCAUGCAGUGUCUAGUGUUUUGAUUUAUGCAAAAGUGCCAGUCGCCAACCACGUUCUGGGGCACAGGUCGGGGUCUUACAGGCUGCGAGCACUGGAAAUGCGCCAUCAAGUUCAGAGUGCAAGACAGCGUUGAAAGGUUGGAACCACGACGGUGACCGAGAAGACCCAGCUAUACCGGACGCAGCCUUGGCAGUGUUGUGGAAGUUGCAGCAUGUGAUGAAGCACGACGAGGUCCCUCCACACCUUGAGUUCGCACCGCUCACAUACAUGGCGGGGUACCUGGCUUUCGUUUGUGAGCAAAAGGUGGCGUGCUGUGAAUGCAAGGUGCGACUAAAAGGAAAUGCUUCGCGGGUUGGAGCGUAUCAAUUCACAUUCAGCCUUGACCAAGGUGGACUGAGCUACCCGCGACCUGAAGUCGUCUGGUUAUGCAAGCUGCUGUGUAUUUUCGUCGAAUUAGCUCUGCAGUCUGCUGAAGUUUAUCGCUGUGGGAAACUGUGCCAGCUCCUCUCAUGUGCUGUGUUACCACACCUCACGGCUUGCCCACUCAUGUGGCGUGCAAAGUCUAACAGACCAUUAUCACUGUCGAGAGCUAUGUGAGACAUUUCUAAAAAAGUUCCUGAGACCCCUCCUGGCGAACUGGGCUGGUGACCUUACCAGCUCUUUGGACAGUGUGCUCAGGCUUUCAAGAAAGCCUCUUUCCCACAAGGUCCUGCGUUUGUAGAGAAGACUGCACAAACCUUUAACAGUAGUGCUCAAAUAAAACAAAUUUGCAUUCUGUGAGUCAUGCGUCAUCUUAAACGAAGCCCUAUUUUUACCUGUGCUCAGAAUCAACAAAACCAUGUUUUGCAUGUCAACACCGCCCUAUAUUUUCAGUUCCAUAUCUGAAGCUGGGCUUCCUUCUUGACACAGAAAGCAACCGAACAUACUCGUAAAGCCGCUUCAUCGAUGAAGUCAUCGGUGUAAACACACUCGAAUAGAGCACUUA